CUGGCGGAUUGGCGCCGCCAGUGACCAGAGCCCGAGUAACGGGAUUCGGGGCAGCUGGUCGCAGUCCCGACGCAAGAGGGGCUGGCGUCGGCGCGGAGUCCAGAUCCGCUGGUGGGAUCUGGUCGUGAGGCGUGCACCAUGCCUUACGUGCUCAUCAGCACCCAGAUCCGCAUGGAGGUGGGCCCCACCAUGGUGGGUGAUGAACACUCGGAUCCAGAGCUGAUGCAGCAUCUGGGGGCCUCAAAGAGAAGUGUCCUGGGAAACAACUUUUACGAGUACUACGUCAAUGACCCUCCUCGCAUAGUCCUGGACAAGCUGGAACGCAGGGGCUUCCGUGUGUUGAGCAUGACGGGGGUGGGACAGACACUAGUGUGGUGCCUGCACAAGGAGUGACCUUCUCUUGAUUUGCAGAAGGGGCACUCCUCCUUUGGAGGAUCUGCUGUGGGCCCUGCCUCUCUUCCCAAAUUGUUACCUUCUUCAGCCCAGCACCAAUGGGCACUGAACAGUCUCUGAAAUUCUGCUCUAGUCAGUGGGGGACAAGCCCCUUGCCCUGGUGCUCCCAGUUGUCCUUUGGUUGCAGGCCUAACCCUGACCCUUGCAGUAGGCUGGGUUCUGGGGGAAGGUGCCCAGUGCAGCUGGUCAGCCCAGUAGAGGACGCCUUGGGACCUGACAGGCAGUCCUGUGCAGCUAGUUCAAGCCAAUAAAUGGCUCUGAUGAGUGGAAGCUACUGUACUUUAUUUAUGCAGUUACUGUCACUACAGAUCUAUCCCUGCCCAGAAAGGGAAGCUGAGCCUGGGUGCAGCCAUCUGAGGUAGAGCCCAGUACCCUAUACCUAGGCAUGGAGAGAGGUAAACUUAAAAAAAAAAAAAAAGAAAAAAAAGAAAAAGAAAAACAAGUUUAUUGGUGCUGUGUAGGAAAGAGCUGUGGGGUGGGAAGGAUAGGGCUGGGGGCUAUGUGGGCUGCCCCUCCUCUUCCUGCUGCAUCUGGGCGAUCAGCUGUUGGCGCUCAGCUGCCUGGCGCAGGCGCAUCAUGACGAGGCUCUCAUAGUCCCUCUCUGACAGUACUGAACCCUGGGGAACAGAAAGGAAAGAAAGGGUCAGGGCCAGCAGGGCACUGCUCCACAGACUGCAGACUCAGGAGGCCUAGACAGAGCUGUACUCUUAAGGGUCAAGAAGGGAAGGACCUGGGAACAUCCUUUUGGAAUCUCUACUCAUCCAUGUUCCUUCAGAGCCCCACUUUGGCUUUGUGCUCAGUCACUAGCCUCUCAGCCGGCUCCCCUUUGGCCCAUCUUGACCAGUUAUCUCCGGCCAGCCUCUUUUUAACUAGGUCCAUCACAUCUGUAGUCAGCUCUGUGCACUCUUUCGAGUGAAUCACUUCCCCAUUCUCUUACCAGGCCCUAUCUCCAUUUCCUUUUAACCUUUAUCUGCCUCUCCUUCCCUCUGUCCCAUGGCUUCUGCCUCACAUAGUUUCCAGUGAAGGAAGCUGCCUCAAGUACAGGGAUCCACCUGGCUCAUCUGGCAACAGACCAGCUGCCAGGCUUCCCUGAGGUAGGCUCCUGCUAAGGACACAGAAGUGAGCCCUGCCCUCCACACAGCCUCAAACAUCCCCACUAUAGAAGUAAGAUUGAGACCAUUUGCCUCCUAAAAAUACACAGCAGGCCUGAAGGGCAGGGCCUGUGGCCUGCUUUUAUGAUUUUUACAGCGCUGUUCAGGGGAUUAAGAAGGGCUAUAUUUUAAUAAUCAAAAGAAUAAUAAACAACUACCUCAAUUGGUUGAGGCUGAGUGGAGAAGCAGUGCUAUAGCAGAGCCCUGAGCUAUCAGCCCCAGGUCCUGAUAAGGUCUGCAGUAUGAAUUAGAAUUAGAUCGUUUCCUCCCCACAU